CUGAAAGAGCUGACACAGAGUCUCUCUGAACACUAAACAAAGCUUGAGCCUUAGGUGGGGUCUCCAGAGAAGGAGGAAGGGUUUUCUGCGUUGAAGAUGUCUAAGGAAGUGCGUGAAGAAGGGCAGAGCCAUGGCAAGGACUACGUGGAUCCACCGCCGGCACCGCUCCUUGACAUGGCUGAGCUCCAGCUCUGGUCUUUCUACAGAGCUCUUAUAGCUGAGUUCAUAGCCACUUUGCUCUUCCUUUAUGUCACCGUAGCUACCGUUAUCGGUGACCUGAAGCAAACCGGAGACUGUAAUGGAGUUGGCCUUCUGGGUAUUGCGUGGGCUUUCGGCGGCAUGAUCUUCAUCCUUGUUUACUGCACCGCCGGUAUCUCAGGUGGUCACAUUAACCCUGCGGUGACUUUUGGGUUGUUUUUGGCCCGUAAGGUGUCGCUGAUCAGGGCAGUGGCUUACAUGGUGGCUCAGUGCUUGGGUGCCAUAUGCGGUGUUGGGUUGGUCAAGGCUUUCAUGAAGCAUGACUACGAUCUAUUCGGCGGCGGUGCUAACUCUGUCAAAGGUGGGUACAGCAAGGGAACUGCCUUGGGAGCUGAGAUUAUUGGCACUUUUGUGCUUGUCUACACAGUCUUCUCCGCCACUGACCCCAAGAGAAGCGCCCGUGACUCUCACGUCCCUGUGUUGGCUCCUCUUCCAAUUGGGUUCGCCGUGUUCAUGGUGCACUUGGCUACCAUCCCCAUCACCGGUACCGGCAUCAACCCCGCUAGAAGCUUUGGCGCUGCCGUCAUCUUCAACAACCGGAAAGUCUGGCAUGACCAUUGGGUUUUCUGGGUUGGUCCAUUCGUCGGAGCACUGGCUGCCGCUGCAUACCACCAGUACAUUCUGAGAGCAGCAGCUAUCAAGGCAUUGGGAUCAUUCCGCAGCAACCCCACCAACUAAAACAAAAACGUCAUAAAUAACGCAAAUAGCUUUGUCUCUCCACUCUUGUUUAUUUGUUCGUUUGUGUGUAUGAAGAGGAUGGUUAUGAUGAAGGGACGCUUUUCUCCUUUAUCUUAUAAUUUAAUCUUUUGAUGUUAAUUAGCUUUGAUGGACAACCUUGUGUAUGAUUGUUCUUGAUUAGCUAGUGGUGGUGUUCAUUUUCUAUAAUUUUGUGCAGAACUUUUUUAACCUCUUUAGCUUUGUCUCUUGCUUUUCUUUUCUUUUUUCUUUUUUCUUUUUCUAAUAUAAUUAUUAGUAUGGA